GACCGUUCUCCUUCAAUCACAACUCGUCAAGUUUCCUGGAAGGGGCUGCAUCAACGUGUCGGCAUAUGAACUUCCACUUUUUAUACGUGACGAUUCCAAGAAAUGUUAUCAUAAUCGAAGUGCUUUCGAACUGCAGUUUCGAUUUGGCUUCUUUCGGUGAACCGGUUAGAGAUAAAACGACCAUUAUUUAAGUCUCGGCAUCCAGUUUUCCUGCUAACUCGCUAGCCGCCAUUUCAGGUAAAAAUGCCUAGGAGAAGCAAGAAGGAGAUUGCAGACAGCACGAUGGUAGUGAACCGCAGGCCGAUUCGGCCGAUUGACCGUCAGAGGAUGAGGCCCUGGCUGGUGAACCUCCUCAAUGAGAUCAGUGUCCCCGGACUGUCCUGGGAGGAUCAGCAGAAGGAGAUCUUUGAUGUGUCCUGGCGCCACGGAGCCCGACAUGGCUGGGACAUCACCCACGAUGCGGACGUCUUCUGUCGCUGGGCACUGCACACGGGAAAGUUCAAAACUGGUGACCCUCCAAAUCCCAAACUGUGGAAGGCAAACUUCCGUUGUGCAUUAAAUAGCUUGCCCGAUGUGAAGAGACUGCCCAGUGAAACGAAGGGUCAGAAUGCACUAAGGAGAUAUCAGUUUCUGGAUCCUUCUCAGGCUAAACCUAAAGGUCGGAGGUCAGGGAUGAAGAAGAAAAUUAAGAGAGAAGAGCCAGAGUACACCGAUUCAUCAGACACAUCGGAUACAGACAGUUUUGGCAGUCAAUCACAAUCUCCGUUACCCAGAUUUAAUUUACUCUUUGGAGAAAGUCACUCACAGAGUUUAAAAAAUCAUAACAGUGGUUUUCGAGUAACAGUUGGACUCCAGCCUCAAAUGGAAACGUCCAUUCUUGACACUCCAUACCAUGUUCCUCGGAGCUCUUCACCAGAGAGUGCUGAAAGUUUUACUGGCAGUGAAGAAUCAGAGAGUGAACUUUCUGAUCAAGAGGUGAAAGAAUUUACACCUUUUUUACAGAUUGUAGACCAAUGGGAAAGGAAUCCACAAUUGCUUGAUAAUUCCUUCAGUCCCGACUGGUGUUUUCCUGAAACAGAAAUUGAGUGUGCAGCAAUGGAAGAAGUGAAGACUUCAGACAGCUCCUCGUUAUACCCUGAAGGAUGUCAAGAUCUGAUGGAACUUAAUGCAAUGGCACAAAGUCAUUAUUCAUAAAAAAAGUUUUAAGACUUGAGAGAAACUAUUCUGUUAAGACAUUGGGCGAACUGUUCAAUUAGACAUUGGACAACCUGUUUAAUUAGACAUUGGACAAACUGUUCAGUUAAGACAUUGGACAAACUGUUCAAUUUGACAUCAGACAAACUGUUCAAUUAGACAUAGGACAAAAAACCAGAAACUUGUCUGUGAUAUUUUGAAGAAUGAGAGGGGGAAAUAAAAAUCUCCCACCAGCUGCCAGUGAUUGUAACUAAAAUCCAGCUACUGUUUAUGGAAACAUUGAGGAAAUGGGAUUCUCAGGAGCAUUGGUUGAUGCCAGAAAGUCCAAUGGGAAUGAUGAUUGCAGUGAAGUGGAGAACUUGAGCUUGAAGUGUUUUAACAGGCCCCGCCUACACGACUAGGGUUUCGGACAUGUCCAUCCUGGGUCCGGUCUCUAUAGAAAUGGCAGCAAAAUAAAAGGAUUUAGUCGUCUUGGGAACUUUAUAAAUGUGUGGCAUUGAGGAGAAACAUACAAGGAAAGGUCUUCUAUGUGGGCAAUGCCUACUGACAAAUCCCAUCUGUUAAUAUUAACACAACUAAAUAUUGUCAAAAGGCUUAAGCAAAUAUACAGGAAAUGUGUGUGACCAUGACUUGCAUGCCUGAACUUCCAGUGACUAGGAUUACAUAAAGCCAUCGGUCAGGUGGAUAUGGGGAAUAUAGUUUUUGUUUAUACUUGAGGUAAAAUCAGUUAAAAACUAUUUAAAUAAUAGCUGUUCAUUUAAAUAAAGAGACAGAUACACAUGUACAGGUAUGUUGGUUUUGCGAGUGUGUAUUUUCAUGACUGUGCAAUAGAAAACGAAGGACCAAAUAUAUGGAAGAUAUUGAUGCUUAAGUCAAGUGUACGUUUUAGUGCAAGUUUUACACAUGUUCAGCCACAAUCCUGCAAAUCUUAUUUUUCGGAGUUUAAGACUUGAAUGCAUAAAAGAAGAUGAAUGUUUUAUAAAUUUGACCAAAAAUGUUUUGAAAAUGGCUGACCUUAAAUUGGUAGGCUGGAGAGAGAGAGAGAGAGAGAGAGAGAGAGAGAGAGAGAGAGAGAGAGAGAGAGAGAGAGAGAGAGAGAGAGAGAGAGAGAGAGAGAGAGAGAGAGAGGAGAGAGGAGAGAGAGAGGAGAGAGAGGAGAGAGAGAGCUAUUUUUUUCUACUAUACUCAUGUGAUUAUUUACAUUCAAAAUCUCCUUUGUCCAUCCUAAGGAUAAACUGGUCUUGCAAAGAAAUAACCCUAAAAACACCCCAUUUUUUGUUAGUGACAAAGAUUGAUUUGGCUUUUCAAAUAGUGGAGUUUGUGCGACUGAAACAUGUGUUGAUGUCAUUGAUUGUCGAACAGAAGCUGAAUAUCACAGUGCUGGUUAUCAUUAAACAAACAUUCCGUGUGCAUAACUCACAGAAUAUUAUUUAUCAUAGCACUACAGAGUAACAUUCAUUUGUAUGGUUGUAUUGCAGUAAUGUUUACAGUGAACAAGCAUAGGAAAAAUAAUCUGUUAUAAUUUGCAGAAAUAGAUAGAAAAUGACAUGUAUCAUUUUGUUAGAAUCAGCAGAGGAAAACAAAAUAUGUGUUGUGAUAAAGAUAAUUAUCUGGCGUAGAGUUGAUUUGAUGAUGUAAUCAUCAAUUACAUCAUUUGGAACAGACGAAAACAUUUCUGUUUGAACCGUGUUGUUUCUAGCUUAUUAGUUUUUAUUUAUCUUUCAUGUGUUAUAUAUUGUUUCUACAUAGUAAUUUUGUAUACUGGAGAUACACAUAGUAAUUUUGUAUACUGGAGAUACAUGUUUAUAUAUAUUAUCUCCUAUAACAUGAACAUUUUUCUUCUAAUGUGUUUCUGUGUAGUUUCAAACGGGGUCAUGGUUGUCGGUUCUGAAAAUUUACCAUCAUUAAUGGUCUGAAAUAAUAAAUACUAGGCAAACGUUUUUUCUUUGUUGAAACCACUGGUAGAAUAUUAAGUGUUAUUGUACUACACAUGUGUAUUAUAUUACAUUUGUAUACACAUCUGUAUAUAUAUAUAUUUCAGAUGUAUUCAUCUUAUCUCAACGCUCAAGGAAGAAAGUCUUGUACUAAUGAGUGAAUAAAGAGUGAAUAAAGAAUUACCGUUA